AUGCAUCCGCCGCAUCUGCGCAUGUUGGGGCUUGCUGAUCAGAAGAACACGACUGCAAUCUCUGCAGCCUCAUCGCCCGGCUCAUCGAAUUCCCAGAACGACCAAGGCAACGCGCCAUCCGGCGACAUGCGGGAGAAUGCGACCAAGAACACCAAUGCUGGCACGCCAUCGCACUUGGCAUCUUCCAAGGCAGUCACCAACAGCAGUACUCCGCAGUCCGCUCCGAGCGGAGAGACCAAGAGGUACACGCCCAGGUCAUCUAGCUCACUGGCCCUGAAUCGCGGCAAUGCGCAGUGGUUCAGUCCGAGCACGCUCAGCCAGGGCCGUACUACAUCUGGUCCGAAUGCUAGGGAGUCGGCAAUCCUCACUUUCAAGACGCAGGCAGAAGACCUUCAGACGCGGCUGAACGCGGCUGAGGCGCGCUGCAGUCAACUUGAAGCAAAGAAUGCCAACCUCGAAACAGAGAACGCCAAGCUUAAGGCCGCCAGCAACAUCCAUCCACACAGCUCGGCCGCAUCGGACUCUCCUGGUCGUCGGCGCGGCCGCUCCACCACGCGUCGAGUCGAGUUGGUAGCCCCAGACGAGCCACCUGGGGGAGAUGCAGCUCCACCCGGUGAGUUGAGCUCAGCAGAUAAAUGCCCAUCUUUGCACGUGUCUUGAGGCUGACUAGAACACAGCAAGUCACUCGAGCAGCGAAAUACCCAUCGAAGAGAAGAUGCCCAUCGUCGAGCUAAUCUUGAAAGAGCUCAGCAACCGAGUUGAACGCCUUGAGAGCACUGUCAAGAGGCCAGGCGACAAUGACGAGCAGGCCAUCCGAAUCGACAAUCUCGAUAACGCUCAUCGGGAGCUGGAGCUCCGUGCCAACCAGCUCCACGAGCAGAUCGAGGUGCUCCUGACUCGCCAAUCCAAUAUCUACGAAAAGCUCAACAGGGCAUCCGACGGUCCUACCCCCAAGAGUGCAAGCCCACAAGACAGUAACGAUGGUAGCGUGAUCGUCAAGAACCUCGCCGCAAGUAGCUUUCAUAAACCCGACCGCAUGUGCUCAAAUACUGACAUCAGCAUAGACGAAGGUCGACAGGCUUGAGCGCCGCCUCAAUCGCAAGGAGCGGCAGAAAACUCUGAUCGACGAGGCCUUCACUGCAGAGCAGCUCCAAUCAUAUUACGAGAGACUGUGCCUUGCAAUCGAGAACGACGAGGAAGACAUGGAGUUUGAGGGAGACCUAGACGAGUUGUGUUCGCUCCGCAAUCGCUGUAUCUUGCGCAUGGCAGAGUUCGCUCCUUUCCACGAGGCGCUACAGAAGGCACAGGCAGACCGGAAGUACAAUGGCAACUGGUGA